CUAGCUGAAUUGUGUCGGUUCGGAGAUAGUUUUUCGAUUUGAUCAAUGAUUGGCGGAGCAAUGAUCGGACGAUGGAGAUUUGAUCGCCUGGAGCACCUGAUGCCGAUGAUGAUGAUGAUGGUCUCGCUGCUGCUGCUCCACCAGAAUUCAAGCUUCUGUUUGUCUCUCAACAUUGAAGGUUUAGCGUUGUUGAAGUUCCGGGAUAGGGUGGUCGGCGACCCGUUCGGGGCCUUGUCGAACUGGAACAGAGUUGGCGCCAAGAACGACGUCUGCUCGUGGUUUGGUGUCGAGUGCUCCGGCGGAAAAGUUGUUGCCUUGAAUUUGAAGGAUCUUUACCUUGAAGGAACAUUGGCACCUGAGCUGGGGAAGCUGGUUCACAUAAAAUCUAUCAUUUUACGAAAUAAUUCGUUUUCUGGGAAUAUUCCGACGGAAAUAGGAGAGUUGAAGGAGCUGGAGGCUCUGGACCUGGGCUACAAUAACUUCAGUGGAUUAUUUCCCUUUGGCUUAAGCAAUAAUCCAUCCCUGAGUACCCUUUUGCUCGACAACAAUAGGUUCCUCGAUACCACUUCUUAUGAUGUCUACGAGCCUAAGGUGUAUCCUGAAUUUCAAGGAGAUGAGAAGCAGCUAAAAGAUGUUGUGUCGACGACAUAUCAUGGAAGCAGAUCGAACGUUUGGAACACUGCUGAACCUGGAAAUGUGGCUUACAGAAGGCUGCUGCAGUUUCCAAAAUUCCUAAAGCCAGCCAAAGUCAAACAGGUUAAAGGCAAACAAAGGGAUGGAAUACCAAAAUUACGCAAUCCCUUUUCAGCUUCGGUGUCACCCUCAGAUUCACCACUCUCACCAUCACCGUUGUCAAAUUCUCCUUCACCGUCUCCAUCACCAUUUGUGUCACCAAUAUCAUCCCCAUCGGAGUCUCCCUCUGGUGGCUUUUUAACUUCUUCACCCUUGCCUUUGUCAAAACCAAUUACAGACCCUCCACGUGCAGCAAAGCCAUCAGUUGCUAUCCCCGAACCAACACAUUCUAUUUCAUCACCUUCCCCUGCUUUAACUCCAAAGGGUUCCAAGAAAGAAAACCAUCUAAUGCUGAUUUUGGCUGGAUCUGUUGGUGGUGCCUUCUUCAUUCUAAUUGCAGCUCUUGGUGUUGUUUUCUUCCGAAGCAACAAAGUCGUUACUGUUAGACCGUGGGCCACAGGGUUAAGUGGGCAGCUGCAGAAAGCAUUUGUAACAGGUGUACCAAAACUCAAUCGACCGGAAAUCGUAGCAGCUUGUGAAGAUUUCAGUAAUAUAAUUGGCUCCUUCUCAGAUGGCACCGUGUAUAAGGGAACUCUAUCAAGUGGGGUUGAAAUAGCUGUGACAUCUAGUGCAGCAAUAUCUCGUAAAGACUGGUCAAAAAGUUCGGAAGAGCAGUUCAGAAAGAAGAUAGAAGAACUCUCUAAAGUGAACCACAAGAAUUUUGUGAACCUUAUUGGCUUUUGUGAGGAAGAAGAACCAUUCACAAGGAUCAUGGUUUUCGAGUAUGCGCCAAAUGGAACGCUCUUUGAGCAUCUACAUAUAAAAGAAGCAGAGCACUUGGACUGGGGAAUGAGAUUACGUAUAGCUAUGGGCAUGGCAUACUGCCUGGAGCAUAUGCACCAACUAACUCCUCCUAUAGUCCAUGGGGACUUGCAUUCUUCCAGUGUAUAUUUGACUGAAGACUAUGCAACCAAAAUAUCAGAUUUCAGGCUUUGGAAUGAAGUGACUGCAGAAAAGAUGCAAUCAGCUGCCAAGGAGCUCUUGGAAAUCCCACCACCAGAUCUAGAAAGCAAUGUUUAUAGCUUUGGGGUGAUCUUGUUUGAGAUGAUAACGGGUAGCAUUCCGUACUCCACAGACAACCGCUCUCUUGCGGAUUGGGCGUUGGAUUAUUUGAAGGCCGAGCAUUCUUUAAGAGAAAUGGUGGAUCCAACCUUGAAGUUUUUCGAGGAAGAAGAGCUUGAAAAAUUGGUUAAAGUGAUAAAAGAUUGUGUCCACCCUAACCCGAAACAGAGACCAACAAUUGCAGAGAUCACAUCAAGGUUGAAGGAGAUAACAGAUAUGGGGCCUGAUGGUGCAACACCAAAGUUAUCUCCUCUUUGGUGGGCAGAGCUUGAAAUUAUGUCCUCAGAAGGAAGUUAAGAGGAGGCUUAGCGUCAAAUCCUAAUUCAUUUUUUUUAUGUGAUUAUGUUUAUUCUUUUACUUUGUUAUUAUUUCUCUGCAAGUAUCUUAUCUGAUUCUGUAUUGGUUAUGUUAACCAUGGUAUGGGUGAAUAUGCUUGUAUCUAUACUAAUAUUUGGUAUAGGAAAUGAUAUUUUUGUAUAUAGUCGAGAAAAGGGAGAGAUGAGCUUUUCAUCUCUCCCACAACCCCAGCCUUUUCGGCUGUGUGAAGGU